AUGAAACAGAGUUUCCGUAAGACCAUAAAAGAUGUUUUCAGACGGAGGCAGAAGUAUGUAUUCAAUUACUCGAAAGAAUACUGCCAGUAUUGGACAGCAUCAUCAAAUGCUAGGGACUCGAAUUUCGCUAUGGAAAAGAAUGCGUUCUCGUUUUCGGCUAAUGAUGAUCAAAAAAUAAGGGAAAAAAUGGAGUCGGAUUGGGAAAUUGCUAGGAGGCGGUCACUGAAGUAUCAGGGGAAGUUCAGGAAAAACGUGGGGAAAUAUAGUUCUUUCUUGGUUUCACGAGACACCAAAAGAGAAGGCAAUUUGAGCUUCCCCAGCUUUUUAAUGACUUUCGCUAAAAGCAUUCAUUAA